AUGGCGCUAACUUUCUUCCACUGGUGCUCCCAGACUAAACAUUUCGAACAUGACUUGCGAUCUUAUUACUUCAUUGUUCAUGUCCUUAUUUGUUACGGCCUUUUUAUCGAUGUGCGUGCUUGGUCGGCAGUCACUAAGUAUACAGAGAGAGUUGCAUCUAAACAUGCAUCAAUUGUGGAGGUGCUUCUCGGCACUUACGAAGCAGUUUUUCCCGUACAUCGUGUUUUUGAUCUUUUGCUACAGGUGUAUUCGAAGAAGAGAAUGGUCAAUGAAGCGUUUGAUGCUUGCAGAUACUUGGGAGAUCAUGGGUUGGAUACUAAUUUAAUUAGCUUUAACACAAUGCUUCAUGUUUCACAGAGAUCUGAUCAGAAUAAUUUGUCUUGGAAGAUAUUUGAAUAUAUGUUUGUAAGAAGAAUAUACCCAAACCAAACAACGACUGAAGUUAUGAUUGAUGUGAUGCUCAAGGAAGGGGUUUUGCCAAAGUUAGUGAGUGUUUUAGAUAGAAAUCGUGGGAGUAGAUGUGCCCCUAGCAUUAUUGUGAACACUACACUGGCUUUUAGGAUCAUUGAGGAGGAUAGGGCUGAAGAAGCAAUCACUCUUUUAAAGAGAAUGCUGCAAAGAAACAUGAUGUUUGAUGAUAUUGCAUACUCUUUGAUUGUAGCUAGCUAUUGCAAGUUGUGCAAACUGGACUCGGCACUUCAAUCCAAGGACGAAAUGAUCAGCAGGGGAUGCAACUUGAAUUCAUAUGUUUACACUUGUCUAAUAGGAUUUUAUUCUCAGGAAGAAAGAAUCGAAGAGGGUGUUCAAAUGAUGGAAGAGAUGAGCUCAAUAGGACUGAAACCAUAUGACGAGACAUAUAAUCAUCUGAUAAUUGGUCUGUCGAGAAAUGGAUGGACAAAUUAG